GUGGGAAGUAUAGGGAGGCAAGCGGAAGAGGCGGGGCGAGUGGACCAUCCGUUUCCGGAGUCAAGGUUUUCGGGCUUUGGACUGCUUGACGGUGCGGCAUGCAGUUUGUUUCUGUCUGUCUUCUGCCUUGCUAAGGCCGUAGAGCUGGUGCGUGCGGGUAGCGGGGCGCUCCGAGGAGCCGUAUGCCGGCAGCGCCAUGGUCCACCUCAGUGCUCUCCUCUACAAGUCCUACCAUGGGGGCCACUUAACCAUCCGCCUUGCCCUGGGUGGCUGCACCAACCGGCCCUUCUACCGCAUUGUGGUUGCUCACAACAAGUGUCCCAGGGAUGGCCGUUUCGUAGAGCAGCUGGGCUCCUAUGAUCCAUUGCCCAACAGUCAUGGAGAAAAAAUCGUUGCCCUCAACCUAGACAGGAUCUGUCAUUGGAUUGGCUGCGGGGCCCACCUCACUAAGCCUAUGGAAAAGCUUCUGGGUCUUGCUGGCUUUUUCCCUCUGCAUCCUAUGAUGAUCACAAAUGCUGAGAGACUGCGAAGGAAACGGGCACGUGAAGUCCUCUUAGCUUCUCAGAAAACAGAUGCAGAAGCUACAGAUACAGAGGCUACAGAAACAUAAGUGAGCUGACUUUAGUGAGCAUAGCAGUGGGAACAAAGUCAAGGUUCUCUUGAAACACUGCAGAGAUCUUAAUUUUGUUAGAUUUGGAGUUCAAUAAAUGGAGUAUCCUGA